UACACCUCUGGAACCAAAUGUGUCAUAGCACCUCCCCUCGCCGUGACCCAGCGCUCCCGCGCACGUACGCGUACCCGUGAAGUGCGAAACAUCCAAGAGGUCUCGACCCCAACACGUGAACUGUAACGUUAACGAUAGUUUAGCUAAUUGGUGUUGAGAACGAUACUAUGCUUACUGCUGUGCGGUGCGUGCUGUCUAAGCUGGUCUCUCCAUUGUGGAGGACUGUAGAGGUGGAUGAAGAUGGCACUUUCUCCGAUGCACCAGCCAUGGAAAACAUCAGCCACCUGCGGGGCAGUGUGGUAACACAGCUGUGCCUCGACUAUGGCAUGAUAGACGAUGCAAUCUACUUCACUAGUGGAGAGGUGUUGGGCGGAGUUCCACUGAAAGAAGGGGACAUGGUGAACUGCAUAGCAGUACGAGAUGGUGCCCAAGGAGGAUGGAAAGCUUUAAGGGUGGAGAAGAGUGCAGAUGCUUGGGAGGAUGGAGGCAGCACCUCUCUAGAAGCUGACAGUAUGCAGCUGCGGCCUCUCAUUGGCACAGUCACAUCAUUUGAUGGAGAUGGCGGCUACAUAAACCAGAACACAUACUUCCCACGCAGCAGUCUAUGGGAAGGUUAUGAGCCAAUGAAAGGGGACUGGGUCCAAGCUAAAUAUUUUAUCAACCCUACCCAGUGGACCACCCAGGCUCGUUCUGUGGCCCCUUUACGCUACUGCCGCCUAGACCAGGUGCAUGUGACCAGCGUGUAUGGACAAAAUGGAGUGGUGGAGGACCGCGUGUUCUUCAACCUGGACUCUCUGCUGCUGCCUGCACACUACCAGCCUUUGUCAGGGCACCUGGUCAACCUAGUAAUGGUGGAGAGCAGUCAGUCAUUUCACUGUUGGAGGGCUCUGUGCAUGGCACCCUGCCUUCAGAGUGACAAAAUCUAUGCUACACGUCUCCCAGAGUCUGAACACCAGAGCAUUUUGGAAAACAAAGGGGGGCUGGAAGUAACAGACUAUGGCCAGUUUGGGGAUCUGAUGAUUGGGGAGACACGAGAGCUGGUGCUCUGGAUACAAAAUAAAGGUUCAGAGACCCACCGACUUAAGUGCUGUGACUUUGCUGGCUGGGACUCGGAGGAACAGUUCACCCUGGUUGCUGUCAGAGAAUCCUCACAGCUGAGACAAAAACAGCCUUUGCAGGAAAACUGCUCAAAGUCUGAAAACCCGUCUGACUCUUCCGAAAAACAAGUCUGUGACGCAGAAGAAGUAGACAAAAAAAAUGGUGAUGUGCUGAAUGAGACUAUCCAUUCCCCUGGUGUAAGGAGAGAGCAAAGACAUGUGGAUAUUCCACCAGGAGAGAGGUUGUCUAUUGUCGUAGCCUGCCAAGCAAAGAGCCUGGGAAGCUGUGCCGAGCUGCUGUUGCUGCACUUCUCCUCUUUCACCAUCGGGAGGCGACUGAAGGUCACAGUGGGCAGUGCAGAGGAGAACCUGCUGCAGCCCUCUGUGCCCUACAGUCCCCGAGAUACAAGUCUAAUCGCAGCGAUGCCUACUCACGUGAUCACCGUCUCUGCUCCAAAAGACGCACCGAGGUUUACGAAGCGGCGGCUGCCAAACUUCCUACCCAACUUCCCAUUGCCUCAGGCUCUCCGAGACUGUGUGGAGGCUCAGAGCGACGUGCUGGUAGUUCAGCCCUGUUUAGGAGAGGUGCUGUCGCCGUCCAACAUGCAUUUACGUUUCUCAGUCCUCCUCUGGCUGGAAGAGCUGCAUGCAGAGAGGGAAAUUAAAGAAUUCACAAUCAACGGGGCGCUUCUCAGGAAGGGAGCGGUCUACCUGCACCUGGAGGUGCUUGGGUUGUCCGAAGGCAGACCCAAUCUCAAUAUAGGUGACCGAAUCGUUCUGAAGAAACCACAGUGUGACGGUGUGGUGAUGGAGUUUGUCAGUUAUGUCACAGAGAUCAACGACGAGAAUGUGAGUUUGAGAGUGAACGCAGAGUUUCAGCGCAGCUACAUCGGAGAGCCACUUGAUGUUGAGUUCUCUUAUAACAGAUUGACCACGAGACGGUGUCACAAAGCACUUGACCAGACCAAACAGUUUGGGGAUAUUCUCUUUCCCUCCAGAGUCACUGUUCAGACCCCUCAGUGGACGGGACAGUGGAUCGAGGAGCCAGAGCAAAGCAAAAGAGUGGAGGACAAUGAGGCUCCAGCCAUUGUAAAUGGAAAGGUUUCAAUCAACAUGAAGUCGAGGGCUACGCAGACUAAAGAGGGUAUACUGCCAUCCAAACCCAUCCCCAGCAUAGGGCACUUCUUUAACCCGGACCUGAACCCCCCUCAGAGAGAGGCGGUGAAGAGGAUCCUGGCGGGGGAGUGUCGGCCCAUUCCUUAUGUGCUGUUUGGACCUCCAGGCACCGGAAAGACCAUCACCCUCAUAGAGGCCAUACUACAGGUUUACCACUUUCUGCCCGGUAGUCGGGUACUCGUGUGUACUCCUUCCAACAGUGCUGCUGACCUCAUCUGCAUCCGCCUUCAUUACAGUGGCUUCCUGCAUGCUGCAAGUUUGGCCCGUGUCAACGCCUCCUCUAGGCAGGAAGAGUCCAUCCCAGAAGCGCUGAGACUGUACUCGAUUGCUGGAGAGGACAUCCGUCAAGCCUCUUUUCACAGGAUUGUGGUCAGCACCUGCUCCAGCGCUGGCAUGUUCCAUAACAUAGGACUACAGGUGGGACAUUUUACCCACGUCUUUCUGGAUGAAGCCGGCCAGGCCACAGAACCAGAGUCCCUGAUCCCCAUGAGUUUUGUGUCCGAGAGAGAUGGACAGAUUGUGUUGGCUGGAGACCCCCGUCAGUUGGGUCCAGUAGUGAAGUCCAAGCUGGCCGCUGCCUUUGGCCUGGCGGUGUCUUUGUUGGAGAGGCUGAUGGCCAACCCACUGUACUCCAGACAUGAGUGGGGAUACAACCCUAAACUGGUGACUAAGCUGAUCUUCAACUACCGUUCUCACGAGGCCUUGCUCACGCUGCCCUCCAAGCUUUUCUACAAGAGCGAACUGUGUUUUAAAGCACCGAGGGCCGUAGUAGACUCUCUGUGCCAGUGGAAAACCCUGCCCAAAAAAGACUUCCCUCUCCUCUUCCAUGGAGUUAAGGGCACAGAAAUGAGGGAAGGUAACAACCCAUCAUGGUUCAACCCGGUGGAGGCUGUACAGGUCAUGCUCUACUGCUGCCAGCUGACCAAGAAGCUCUACAACCCUGUGGCCAUCGCUGACAUCGGCAUCAUUGCCCCCUACAGGAAACAAUGUGAGAAGAUCCGGGUGCUGCUGGGUAAAGUCGGCCUGUCUGACAUCAAAGUGGGCUCUGUGGAGGAGUUCCAAGGACAAGAGUUCCUGGUCAUCAUCAUCUCUACGGUGCGCUCUAAUGAAUCGCUACAGAGUGAUGAUUUGCAGAAUGUGCUCGGCUUUCUAGCCAACCCCAAACGCUUCAACGUGGCCAUCACUCGCCCCAAAGCCCUGCUGGUAAUUGUUGGAAACCCCCACAUUCUCAUCAUGGAUCCGUGCUUCAGGGCUCUACUGCAGUACUGUUUCCUCAACGGGGCAUAUCUGGGUUGUGACCCCCCGGCCUCUCUAAGAGACGCUCAGAUAGUUGCAGAAGAGCAAAGCACUGCCUAAGAAGACAAAGUAAUCAUGGAUGCUGUACUUCAACAACUUCACUGUCUUAUCAUGUUCUCAUUAGCUUCCCUCCACAUUUCUUUGGCUCGUCUCUGUUGUGACUGUUUGCAAAGUGAUCGGCGUUGAUCAGCGUUGACCGACUGCAUGGUUGCAAAAGAGACAUUUUUCGUUUCUGUAAAAGCCAAAUGCAGUUCCAAUCAGGGGGUAGAAAUAAAGAUGAUGCUUAUGUACACUGCACAA